AUCAUUUUUUUACAAAUCGUCGCGAUGAUACAUCAUCGUCUCCGUUCGCUAUCGUGAAAAUCGGCUGCUCUUGGAAAUGGAAAAUUGUUCCCGUUCGGUGAAAAUUCUACUAAAUUUACACACCACCUGCAACUACCGCGAUAACGUUGAACCGGAAGUGAAGUUCUAGUGUUAUUGGAAGGCAAAGGAGAGGCAUUUAGUAGUGCACUAUCCAAGUGGUGAGGUAACUAGUGCAAGUUUACGGCAAACCCGAAAGGAUAAGUACCAGCUGAGAUUUUCUCGGGCGGAAGCAAACGAAAAAAAAAACAAGUGCAUUUUGUUGGUGUUGAAUGAGAAUCAAGGGCUGUGAUUUUUCUGCCGUACGCAACGAAAAAGCUUAGGUGGUCGUCAUGAACGGGUUUCUUCGGGCCAGGACGCAUGUUGUGGGAGGAUUCAGCAAGCAGUAUUGUGCAGAGGCCAAUGUACGAAAUCGGUAUGUCAGCUAUCGGGCGAAAAGGACUGGCUACUACCAGCAGCACUACUGCACGUAUCCGAUGAACAGUCGGAGUGUUGUUCUGGCAGUUUCUCCCUCAAACACAUCGCUGCUGGACGCGUUAGGCUAUAGUUUGAGCAAUCAUGGUGCUAUUAGGCAUAUAUCCACUAGUGUGGUGUACUACGAUCAGCCAUCAUCCAAAGUCGAAGUCACUGUACAAACCAUAAAACAAACGAAGAAGGAACAAGAACAGCAACAGCAAGUUGUCGAAAGCAGCGCAGCAGGACCUGCGGUCUCUGAGACAGCUAAGGUUAGCCCGGCCCAACCUACUCCGGAAGCUGUGGUUCCCCCGCAAACUCAGGUUGUAGCUGCACCGGCGAAAAAGACUCUUCAACAACGGAUAUGGGCUGAACUGGUCCAUUACUAUCACGGGUUUCGGUUACUCUUCAUCGACAUCAACAUUAGCCGGAAGUUAUUGUGGAGUGUACUCAAUGGAAAAACCCUAACCCGUCGAGAACACAGGCUACUCGUGCGCACAACUUCGGAUCUGUUCCGACUGGUACCUUUUUCAGUUUUCAUUAUCGUGCCGUUUAUGGAGUUGUUGUUACCUCUAGCUAUAAAGCUCUUCCCGGGGAUGCUUCCGUCGACAUUCCAGACGGCUACCGAACGGGAGGAUAAAAUCAAACAAAACCUGAAAGUCAAACUUGAGAUGGCUAAAUUCUUGCAAAAAACCUUGGACGACAUGUCAGUUCAAAGCAAAGAACAUCGUUCACAGGCCGCCAAAGAUUUCAGUCAGUUUUUUAACAAAGUGCGCAAUUCUGAAUACGGUGUAACCAAUGAAGAUAUCCUGAAGUAUUCAAAACUGUUCCAGGAUGAAAUAACUCUAGAUUCGCUUUCGCGGCCACAGCUACAGGCGCUUUGUAGAGUGCUGGAAAUAUCACCCAUUGGAACCUCCCAGCUACUACGUUUCCAGUUGCGAAUGAAAUUGCGUAGUUUGAUUGCAGAUGACCGAACUAUCCAAAAAGAAGGUAUCGAAUCGUUGAAUCUAUCUGAGUUGCAAUCGGCUUGUCGGACACGUGGAAUGCGAGCUUACGGUACUACCGAAGAACGUCUCCAAACACAACUCCGGGAAUGGAUCAACUUAAGCUUGAAUGAAAAGGUUCCACCUUCACUACUGCUACUGUCCCGAGCGCUAAUGUUGCCAGAACAUGUGACAACCAGCGAUAAACUGAAAGCAACCAUUUCUACCCUUCCCGAUUCCAUCGCUACGGUCACUAAGGCGGCAAUCGGUGAGCGUGAAGGCAGAAUCGAUAACAAAACCAAGAUCGAAGUUAUCAAAGAAGAACAGAGAAAGAUCAAAGAAGAGAAAGAUGAACUGGAAGAGGAAAAAGAGAAGCAAAAAGAAAAAUCUGAAAUCCUUCUCGAUGAGGCACCUAUCGUUACCGAUGAGAAAGUCAUACACCUCGAAGAACCUGCCAUUCGCGUUAAAACAGCUGCUGACCCACCUGUUGUUCUUGCUUCAGAAGAAAUUUCUAGCAAAGACAUUGAAGCUAUCGGCGAUGCCUUGGGCACCCUGAGCAAAGAUAAGAAAACUCUACUUGUUGAGAAAGAGGAAAUUAAGGAUCUGAAGGAAGAAAUAGCUGACUAUCAGGAAGAUGUACAAGAAUUACAGGAAGUUGUCACUGCUGCGCCUGAAGAGGCCAAGGUGAAGGAAUCGGUUGCGGCCAAGCUACUCUUCAAGAAGGUCAACUCGAUGAUCAACAAGAUGGACACGGUUCUUUCCGAUUUGGAGAAGAAGGAAAAAAUCCUUAAGGAACAAAUUUCCGUCGCCGAGGACAGUAAGAGUACCAAAAUUGAAACAGCCAGCGAUGAAUUGGUGCACAUCGAUGAACUGAUUGCAGCUAUCAAAAAGAUUCAACAGGUACCGGACGACUCACGACUGGAGCAAAUCACGAAAAUCUUGGGUAAAAUCGAUGACGAUCACGACGGUCAUAUUAAAGUGGAAGAUGUCAUGAAGGUGCUUGAACUUAUCGGCAAGGAUAAUGUCCAUCUGAAUUCCAAACAAAUGGACGAGCUUAUCGACUUGCUGUACAAAGAGGAAGUACUGAAUGCGGAGGACAAGAUCGAAAAAGCUCUCAUAAAGAGCUUGGAAGCCAAGGAGAAGCAAAAAGAGCAGGAAAGUAAAGAGAAGGAAAAGCUUCUGGAAAUACAGGAUAAAGCCCCGGAAUUGGAUGCCGGAAAACUUCCUACCCAAGACCAGACAUCGACAGGGGAUGAUAAAAAGCUUGACGAACCGAUUCUCAGCGAGUACCUCCUUCAGAAAGCGAACGAAAUAAAAAACGAGCAAAUGCUAUCUAGUAGAAGCAGCCCAAGUGAUCUUGGUUCAAAACCGCCUACGUCCAAUAUUCCUGCUGGCAUCGUACCACCUCCAUCUUCAUCAACCAACACAAGUCCAGAUAAGCGUGCUUGAUAUUCAUCCAAACGGGACUGUGCUGCGGAAUCUUUCCCAAAAAGAUCGUAGGACGAAAUUUGAAGCACUUUUAUAAAUAAUUGUGUGACUUAAUUAUUAUUUACCACGCAUUGGAGAGUAAACGUCAAAUCCAAAGUAUACCCGUUUGUUCUAUGUUUUAUGUUAAAGCCCAUAUGAAUUCAAAUGUAAAUGAUUAUUUAUACUAACGAAAAAUUGGUUUUACAGUGUAUAUAGUACAAUUGAACAGGGUUACAAUUCCCGUUCAGUGUUGAAGCGAUAACAACUGUUUUUAUUUGUUCAUCCUUUCAACGCAACUCAUGAGACGGUAAUCGUAUUAUGAAUAAGAUAUGUUGGACAAUACCAAUAGAAAAAUAAAUUACAUUAUAUAAAAGGAUG